CCAAUGUCGACCCCAAAAAGUACUGGUACGUGCUAACGAAGAGUUAAUGUGAAAUCAGGGCGAAAGCUUUUGCAAAGAACGAAUUGUUCCGUCGAUUCCGCGAUGACUACAAUACGUUCUCUCCCGCCAGCAGAUCUCAAGCGCGCUAACAAAGGGUGUUCGUUCAACGCCAGGUCCUCACCUUUUAAGAGUACUAAUGAAGAUGGAAUUUACGGAGCAUGAAGAGAACGUUUCACAGUUUUACUCUCGCGUUGCGGAUAACAGUCAUGAUUGGAAUGAGGGAUUUCUGACAUUUGGAUUAUGGAAGACGAAGUCUGGUGAACCCAUACCACGGCCGAAAUGCUACAGAGCAAUAUAUGAUGAACUUUCGGAGGGCAGCGGGAUACAGCCGCACCAUGACGUGCUAGAUGUUGCUUGUGGGCAGGGAGCAGGCAUGCUGCGGGUCAAGUCCCAGUACGGCUGCAAUACGCAAGGUCUGGAUAUCAGUGUUGCAAAUGUGGAAAUAGCAACGCGUAGACUGCGUGACACCGGAGUCACUGUCACGCGAGGGAGCGGAACGAAGAUGCCUUAUGGCGAAAAUUCCUUUGACUACGUCCUUUGCGUAGAAGGAGGGCCCAAUAUGAAUAGCAGAGAAGAUUUUUUUCGAGAGGCCUUCCGAGUUCUUAAGCCUGGAGGAAAAUUAUUGAUGGCUGAUAUCAUUGUUCUGAAGGCAAUUCAAGAUUUACGAUACCUACAGCAGCUCAUUCUAAAGGCAGCUGCAAAGGCUUGGAUUAUUCCAAACAUUAACAUGUGCUAUGGAAUCGAUGAGUACAAACAAAAGGUGAAGGACGUUGGCUUCAAAAUGAGAAGAUUUGAAUUAAUAGGCGACAGAGUGAUACCAGGUUAUUGUAAUUUCAAUCUUUCAUUGUCAGUUAUGCGAGAGCAGGCGAAAAUCAGGGGUCCGUUUGUCGGUUACAUGGGAGGUCCGAUAAUUGAUAUUAUCCUUGAAAAGGCCUUUUCUCAUGGAUUGAUCGAAUACGUUCUUGUAGUCGCUGAGAAAGAAAUUAACGAGUAAAAGUUUGAAGACCACGGA